AUUAAAUCAAUAAUACAUGAUUUUAAUACAAAUUUGAAAAUUACAGAACCAAUAACGCCAGAUUUAAUUCGGAUUUUCAAAUCCAUUAAAAUACAACAACCAAUAACUCAUAUCUCACUUAAAAAUCUCUCCAACCAGAAUAGUGAAAUUAGUCUUACCCAAUCAAUCGAUUCUAAUGUCUUUUUGUUACAUUUUAUUUUACUAUUUAUAAUCUUCGAGGCCUAUUUAAUUAAUUAAAAUUUUAAAACAAGCUAGUGAUGGAGAGAGAGAAGUUAGUUGGAAGCCAAGUCUUCUGUCUCUUCUGUUGUAUCUCUCCCCUCUAAAAAGAAACGGGCGGCGAAGUGAAAUCUAUCUAUCUAUUUCCUUUCCUUCACAUUAACGUUUUCAUCGGAAGAUCUAGCCUGAAAGUUUUCUCCGACAUCAGAUCUCUAACGAGUCAAAUCUCGACCUUACCUUCUUUUUCAGUGAAGAUGGAAGCUAGUGACGGGAUGGAGAUGAAUAAUCUGGAAAGAGAGUAUAUAAGGAGGCAGCACCAUAAGCAUGAGCUUGUGGAGAAUCAGUGUAGCUCUACGCUUGUUAAACACAUCCAAGCUCCUGUUCAUAUCGUGUGGUCACUUGUGAGAAGAUUCGAUCAGCCACAGAAGUACAAGCCAUUUAUAAGUAGAUGUGUUGUGAAAGGAGACAUGGAGAUUGGUACUGUACGAGAAAUUGAUGUGAAGUCAGGGUUACCUGCAACUAGAAGCACCGAGAGGUUGGAGUUGCUUGAUGACAAUGAGCAUAUUCUCAGCAUCAGGAUCGUUGGUGGUGAUCACAGGCUCAAGAACUAUUCUUCGAUUAUCUCUCUUCACCCUGAGAGGAUAGAAGGAGGAAGAAUGGGGACACUUGUGAUCGAGUCUUUUGCGGUGGAUGUACCUGAAGGGAACACAAAGGAUGAAACUUGUUACUUUGUGGAGGCUCUUAUCAAAUGCAAUCUUAAAUCUUUAGCUGAUAUCUCCCAACGUCUUGCCGUUCAAGACACAACAGGAGGUUCCCCAUGAACAGAGAGAUUUGGUUGCCGUUGGAUGAAGCUUUCAAAGGGAAAAGAGAGAGAAAGUCUCUUUGAGGAUGAUGGACAAGGCAAAUAAUAAUCUACUAUCAUUUAUUGUUACAUAAUAAGUCCUUUAUUUUUUGUCCAAAAAAAAAUAAGUCCUUUAUUUAACUUUUUUUUAUUUUGUUAAUUUGAUGAAUGUUUUUGGUUUCUUCUCUAAAGAAGUUUUUGGUUUCUUCUCUAAAGAACCAAAUAUGAUUUUGGAGUUUUGCA